AAACGUAAUAAAUCUCUGACCGAUGUAUUUUUUUUAGUGUUACACAGUAAAAUGUGCUUUGUAAAAUUGAUGGAGGUUUAUUAAUAAGCAUGUGUUUUGUAAAAUUGAUGGAGGUUCAUUAAUAAGCAUGUGUUUUCUUUUUAGCGCUUCUUAGUUUAGUUUUUUCUUACAUAAUCUUUAUUUUCACUUUUCCUUAAUCUUUUUUGUUUUAUUUUUAGGGGACCUUCAACGGGCCAGCCCAGUUCUUCCAUUACAAAUGGAAAUGCUUCAAAAAUGGAGGUUGAAUCGAUGGGUUUAAAACCAAGCCAAGGAAAGGUUGCAAUGGAUGAAGAGGAAGAUGUUGGAAGAGAGAUGUUAGUGAUCGCAGAACUAGAUGCUAUUCUAGAUUCCUACUCUUCGCCAAGCGUUCCAAUGCAACCAAGUACAUCAGGAGGGAAACAGGCUGAAUCAAAGUUGGGAGGAAGCAAUGAAGUUUUUUCAACAAGUCUUUUUGAGUUACUUAAACUGGGAAAAAAAGAAAAAAAUUCCCUUUUACAUAGUCAAGAUUUCCGAUGGAACAAAAAAUCACAAGGAUUUGACAUCGAUGGCCCAAGUACCAGUACGGGCAUUGUUAGCGGUGGACGCACGACAAGAAAGCGUCCAGCUCCUAAUAUGCCCGACUGUGAAGUUCCAAAUAAAAAAAUAAGGGGUCCUGAUAAAAAAAAUCCACAAUAUGAUUCAUCAGAUGAUUCUGAUGAUUGGUAGGGUGUAUUUACUGUUUUCAUAUCCAUUUCAAUUUGUUUGUUUCUUAUGUACUAAUUUUAUUUGAAAUAAAUAUUAAAUUUAAUACUAAUAACCUUAAAACAUGAUCUUUCCCGAAUAUGCCUUAAUAUUAUAAAAAAUAAAUUA